AUGUAUGAGUGUGCGCAUGGAUCAGCCAAAGCGCGCACCACACUCCAGACGCACUGCUCUCUGCUCCACACGCGCGACUCUCCUCCACCUCCUGAACCAUUUGGACCCAGCUGCUUCAUGGAAAUACAUCCAAGACAAGUGCACUCCAGUGGCUUCCAAACGGAGAGGCAGUUGGCGCACAUUGGAUCCCACAGAAGGUCUUGA